AAACUAUAGUAGAAGCGAAGCAGCUUGGAGAAUAAGCAGAGAGAGAUGGCGGAGAGGGACAAGGAGUUGGCAUCGAUGAAUCGUGAAGCACUUCAGCAGACUUGUAUUCCUUCCGGAGAAAACUCCGUGUGGGCUGACGUCUCUCCUCUCUUGGAUGCCGCUUGUAAAGAACUUCGAGAUGGUGAGCUUAUUCAUGGAGAUAAUUUUAAUCUUUUUGCUGCCAUGUCUGCUUUAGAGAUAAUGGACCCUAAGAUGGACUCUGGUAUGGUUAGUAAAUACUAUUCUCUUGAAGAAGCCAUUGAAAAUGGUGCUGCUCCGGUUCCUAUCAGCUUGAAUAAAACUGUUGAUGUUCAGUGCACUAUUGACAUCAUGGACCAUCUUCUGGCAUGUGAGGCGACGUGGCACAACGGUCAUUCAUUGGCCCAAACUGUCUUUUCAUGCAUUUAUCUUCUAAGGCCUGAUAGGACAUCUUCACAUGCCAUAUUACAUUCUUAUUGCAGAAUCAUACGUGCAACCUGCAAAGCAGUUAUUUCAGUUGUCUCUGAUGCACGCACACAUGAAGAAGAGGAUCUCUUUACAAUGUCUUAUGGUCUUCCUUUGAAUGGUGAUGGAGAUGACAAGUGCUUAUCAAUGUUAAAUGCUGUUGAAGAAACCAUUACUCGCCAAUUGCGUGCUUGUAAAGCUCCAUCAUCUAAAAAAAGAGUAUUAGAGGAUAUGGAGCCAUUACAAGAUAAUCUUGAUCUGGAAGAAGGCUUCUGCAAAGCUUUGUUAUGCCGCCUACGCUUUCGGAAGCAUUUUUUCCAUGCUCUUACAUGUAUGAGACGACCUCAAGGAAGAGGUUCGGAAUUGGCAAGAAAACAUAUAGCUUCCUGUAGAAUGGAGCUUGAAUCAAUUCUAAAAUCAGCAGAUUUCCUUAGGUCUGAUACUUGUCGAACUCCUGGUAUAGAAGAUAGAACAACUGCUUCUGGUCGUUCUCCAAUUGGAUUCGAUGCUAGUUUAUACAGUCGAUCAUCUGCUCCCACUCCUCCACGUGCAAUUAAAAUUCUUAGCUGGAAAAGGGCAGUUGAAUAUUUUGUGAAACUUCUUCAUGAUCUAGAUGCAAUAUGUUCCUACUCACUAGACCCUUUGUUAGAGAGUGUUCUUCGAUUUGUGGUACAAUUUCAGAAGUCUCAACCUGACUUAGUUGCAAGAGCUCAUCUUCAGCUUCUACUGGUUCAAGAUGGGAAACUCUAUGGCCGGGAUUCUAUUUUUUCUGUGAUUGUUAAAGCUGCAGCAUUGCCUGAAGUGACUAAGUACCAUGACAUUCAGAAGAAUGAAUAUAUUCUACAACUAGGACAGUUAGUGAUCAAUAUGCUCAAAAUUCUUUGUACAAAUGCUGCAUGGCAGAGACGUAAGCUUGGGAAAAUCUUACAAGAUUGGCGAGUUAUUUAUGUACAGCUAGAUAUUGCAUUCAGAAACGAAUUUGGAGAAGCCUCGAGCAUGCUGGAUGACGAGAAUAUACGUUUCAAAAUAUUUAGGCAUAUUCUCUGUUGGGUGGAGGAGCAAACUUACUGGAUAGCUUCUCGUUUUCUCAUGCUGGGUUUUGAGUUGGACCUUUAUUCACCCAGUGAAUAUUGCAUGGUAUAUUGGUACAUGUAUGCUGUCUUAAUCAAACUUGCAGAGAAAACUCAUCUAAGAUUGGCAGUAAGCAGUGGCACUGUGAAACGUAAGGGAAAGAAGAAAAAGGAUUCUAUAAAGGAGGCGGCAAAAGAGUCUCGGAUCCCGCCAGCAAUAUUAUUUCUUCAGUGCCAAAUGUGUCUUGCUGAAGGGCUCACUAUGAUGCUUGCUGCUUUGAGGAAUGAACUCAUGGUCUUUCAAACUACAAGCCAUUUCAAUACUGAGCAGGAGAGAUUUAUUCAGCAUUUUGAGCUUUUACAAAAAGCUUGUGUUCCCGAAAACAUUUCGUAUCCAUCUUUCAAAGAAUCAACUACCUAUGCUCGCUUCUCUACCCUUGUUAUGUACAAUUACUUUAAGGAUGCUCAGAAGAUUGCGAAGGAAAUCAAGAGUUGUUUUUCCAACGACCCAGAAAGAUUGGCUGAACUUAGAAGAUUAGAGCAGGUUGCAGAGCACAAUGUUGUAGCCGCAAACGUGAUAUGCCAGUUAGGUGCCAUCGAUCCAUCACUUAAGGUUCAUUUUGAGUUCAGCCAUCAUCCUUAUUUUGCUUCUGCUGUUGUUAAGAGAUGUUGAAGCUUUGUUUUGAAGAUCUUCCCAAUUUUGAAAGACUUUACAGGUUGAGAGGCAUUUGAGUUAUCCCGUGUAGAAAUUGUAACUUUUGUAGUUAGUAAUUUUUUCAAUCAAUUUUCGCAAUUAUUUAUGAAUUAGGAAUGUAAUUUACAAUAAGAAAGAAAGUACAAAUUUUGUAAUCCAUAGAAUUUUGUUUCUUGUA